AUGGAUUUCCUUGCUGCUUUUGGCGGUGUCCCUACCGUCCAGACCCGAAAAGCCCUCCUCCUCCUCGACUUCCAAAACGACUUUGUUCGACCCUCCGGGGCUUUAUAUGUCCCCAACACCGCCGACUUUCUCGAUACUCUGCCUCAACUGGCCAAUUCCUUUCGCUCUAUAGGAACCGUAUUCUGGAUACAGUCGUAUUACGAGUCUCGUCGGGAGCUGUUCGACGCGAAUGAGCAGGAGCUGGUGGUGCUAGGUCGCGGGGGAGAAGUCCACAGCAAAAAGCACAAGAGUCAGAGUCAUACAGCCAACAUUUCGAAGGACGAAGAAGCCUUCCUGUCCGCGGAAUCUCCUCGAUGUGGCGAUUCUCACAGUCCCGGGGGUCAGCUGCCGGCGCCCAUUGUGGCGGCCUUUGACUCGCAGCAUGACAUUCUGACCACCAAAUCCGACUAUUCUGCCUUGCGCAACGAUCGUCUCGUUCUGACUCUUCGCUCUCAACUCGUCACUGAAAUCUACAUCUGCGGUUCCCUAUCCAACAUAUCCGUCUACGCUACUGUUCUUGACGCUGCUAGUUUGGGUUUCUCUGUUACUUUGGUUGAAGACUGCUUGGGUUUUCGGAAUUUUGAGCGACACGAAGAAGCAAUGAGGCGCAUGGCGGAUAUUUUUGGCGCGAACGGCAUAACGUCCGAGGAACUUAUGCAAGAACUCGAUUGGCAAGAAACGGAUCGCAUCGCCGAGAAGGGAGGUUCCAAGCCACGGCCCGCCAGAUCCACGGGCAUAGAAGAUGUUCUGGAUAACUUUGAUUUUCGGGCUACGGAUGGCUGUGAGCCUGACCGUGUCAACGACGAAGAGGAAGAGGAUGAUAAACCGGGCCUCAAGAUCGCCCGCGCUAAGGACCGUUAUGGUCCACCCCCAGGACAUGCGGACAAGAAGGUGCGCGCAAGAGUGCGCCGGGCGAGACGACCAGACGAAAGGCCAGAGACGAACUCACGAUCUGAUGCUCGACGUGCGCGCAGGUCGAAGCAAUCCCAGGAGCUCCGUGGACCAGGUGAUGUGAUCGGAGAAGGCGAUUCUCGCAUUAUCUAUGACCUGGAUUUGCCAUCAGACGCCUUUGAGCGAAUUCGCCGUGAGGUGGCAUGGCAGAAAAUGUACCAUAUGUCAGGCCAGGUGCCACGACUGGUAGCUGUCCAGGGAAAGGCACAGGCGGAUGGGUCGAUUCCAAUCUAUCGCCACCCAGCUGAUGAGUCUCCACCAUUGCAUCCGUUCACGGAGACUGUCGAUCGCGUUCGUUUCAUUGUUGAGCAGAUUCUGGGCCACCCAUUGAACCACGUCCUGAUUCAGCUGUACAGAGAUGGGCAAGAUCGUAUCUCUGAGCACUCUGACAAGACAUUGGACAUUGCCCGUGAUUCAUAUAUUUGCAAUGUCAGCUUGGGUGCUCAGCGCGCCAUGGCCCUGCGCACAAAGACUUCCGAAGAAGAUUCGACCAGGCAGUCGCAGCGCAUUCCUCUGCCACACGAGUCUCUGUUCGUUCUGGGCCAAAAGACAAAUAUGCGCUGGCUACACGGCAUUCGUCCGGAUAAGCGUCCUGAGUCGGAAAAGUCAGUUGAAGAGCGAGCAUACGGUGGUGAGCGUAUCUCCCUAACGUUCCGACAUAUCGGGACAUUCCUAAACCUAACGGGCGAUACUAUCUGGGGGCAGGGUGCCGUGUCCAAGAAACAAGGUCAAGCGAGGCCAGUGAUACACGGUGAUGCAGCUGAAACCCAGCGACUUAUCCACGCUUUUGGCCAGGAGAACCAUGCCACUGAGUUCGACUGGGACGGUAUUUACGGUAGUGGAUUUGACGUGGUCAACUUUGUCUCCGCGUCGACGGCGCACAUGAUCCCAGGAGACGAUCCGGUAACGAAUCUUCGAGUUCGACUAUGUUUGAGUGAAAGCAGUCUACGCUAUGAUGUGAUGACUGCUGAACAAGCAUCUGCCAAGCCAAGUGACAAGCGACCAGUUUACAUCGGUACGGAUGGCACCAUUGUCGCGGGUGAUUUCGAGAUCAUGAACAAUUUCGCCCAGCAGGCUCACCUUGAAGCACCCCGUCCCGGCAUAGAUCGGUUGCAAGGAGGCGCUCACCUGCCUAAGAUCGAAGAACUUUUGACUUACUGGCGACAGCACCGUGAUUGCGCAAACGCACUCGACAUUCUGCGCACAUGGGAAAAGGCACUGGAUGGCAAACACUAUCUGGGAGGAAAUGUUUUCACCAUCGACGACUGCUCCCUCUGGCCAGUCCUGCGGGAGAUCGUACAAACGAGAGGCAAAUUACCCAGCCGAUUCUCCAAUCUGUGCCACUACUAUAACCGAGUGGAAAAGCGUGGGCUGGUGAAGGCGGUAUUGGAGGAGGAGUAA